UUGCAAUAUUCUCCCUGUCAGGACAGCGGCGUCAUGGCGCACACUCUGUAGUGAAGUGGUGGGUGUGACCCGCCAUGAUUCGUCCCUCCCUGACAUGGCAGCCAUGUGCGUCUCCCUGCUCCCCGUACUGAGGAACUACUAUAUCGCAGUGAAAGUGCUCCUCCAGCAGCUGCUCUGCCGCUCCUUCACCUUGCCAGAUCUCCCUGGACAAGAUGGAAAAGUUGCUUUUGUAACUGGAGGCUCAAGAGGAAUAGGAUAUUAUACAGCAAAACAUUUAGCUAAACAUGGAAUGCACGUGAUAAUAGCAGGAAACAAUGAAGCUGAUGGCAAUGAAGCAGUGAGACGAAUACAAGAAGACACCCUAAAUGAGAAAGUGGAAUUUGUAUUCUGUGACUUGACUUCCAUGAAGUCCAUUCGGAACUGUGUUCAGAAUUUUAAAGCAAGAAACCUUGGCCUUCAUGUAUUGAUCAAUAACGCUGGUGUGAUGCUGGUACCAGAAAGCAGAACAGAAGAUGGUUUUGAAACACACUUUGGCUUGAACUAUCUGGGCCAUUUCCUGCUGACAAACCUUCUGCUGGAUACUAUGAGGAAAUCUGGAACCCAUGAUUUUAAUGCUCGUGUUGUUACAGUAUCAUCAGCCACCCAUUUUACUGGAGAGCUGAACUUUGAUGAUCUACAACCAAGACACUGUUACUCAUCCCAUGGUGCAUAUGCUCAGAGUAAACUGGCCCUUGUUCUGUUCACAUACUAUUUACAACAGCAGCUUACUGCAGAAGGUUGUUAUGUAACUACUAAUGCAGUGGAUCCUGGGGUAGUGAACACUGACCUCUACCAGCAUGUCUCAUGGCCAGGGAGAUUUGUAAAAUGGAUGGCUGGCUGGCUAUUGUUAAAGACACCUGAAGAAGGGGCAUCCACAUCCAUUUAUGCAGCCAUUUCACCAGACCUAGAAGGAAUUGGGGGUUGUUAUUUAUAUAAUGGAGAAAGGAUCAAAUCUGCUGAUAUAACCUAUAAUACAGACGUUCAGAAGAAGCUAUGGGCUCUAAGCUGCAAGAUGGCUGCACUUCCUGCUUUAACUUAAAAUAUUUC